GUAGCACAAGACGUCGGUUAGUCGGAGGGUGACAGUUUAGCUACUUGGCCCCGGAGUUAGAUUGAAUUUAUCCACUUCCACAUUUAAAGCGAACACGCACGAAUUUUGAGAAAAGCAGCUAAUGUCAUAGGAGAUACUUAGACCGACCGAGACGUAACCGAACACAUUAAUAUAGUGGUAAUACAUGAAAGCAGUAUUGAGAGGCUGUCACUGUCAGCCCCCUUUCCUUAUGCAUAGCAUUAACUAUAUCAAUAUAGUGACAAAAUAACAGUCAAAACGCAAGAAAGGAAGCCCGGGUCGCGCUGGUGGCAGACAGAAAAACAAGAACCAUCGCAAAGUCAGCUGAGGCACGACGAGAGCACCGAGACAGGAUUUGGUGUUCAGAAUCACUGGACACAACGAAAUUGACUAAAUAUGGCCCACGAACAAAGCCUCUUUUUUCAAGCUCUGGAUAGAUCGCAAGCCAAGAAAGAUGGAGGUUAUAAGCAAAACUGGAGUUUUGCCAAUCCAAAUGAGAGUGAAGGAGAAACAGAAAAUGAUGAAGCAAACUUGUUGAGUAUGGAUGACAGCAGUGGGAUCGACAGCCCAGAAGAGAAGGUAAGAAAAUGCCAACAGCCUUCCCUGGAAUCAUUUUGCAACUCUGAGUCUCUGAAGACAUACGAAAGAAGAGCCACAAAGCAUUUAAGACCUCUCAAAGGAAAUGCCCUUGGUCUAAACAUGCUAGGACCUGGCAAGAAACUUGGUGAAAAUCCCCAGGCUGUAACAUCACCAGCAGUCAACAGCAGAACCAAGUUUAUCCUUGUAACUCCUCCACCAACUGGCACUGUUGUGCAGGGACGUCGCUUCCAGCAUGCUAAUGCACAAGCUGUCAUAAAAACCCCAGCCCAAAGUCUUGAUCUGAAGGAAAGAAAAGAAUACCCCCCUCAUGUCCAAAGACUGGAAUUGGACAGCAUAAUUCUGACUUGUCCAGAGAGUACAGAAAAUAGUAACCAGGUAUCAGAAGGGGAAAUUAAAAGGCGGAUUCAGCAAAAGCGACGACCUUCGUCCGAGGAAUUAGACCCUGAUGUCUACUUAACACUCUGUGGAAAUUGUAGCAAGCCAAGUGAAGAUCACGUGAACUGUGAAAACUGCGGGCAGUCUCUCUUGCAGAAUGCAACAAGUUGCAUAAAUAAUACUGUCAAAGUAACUGAAACUGCAGGACAUCUCUCUCGACCGCCAAUUCAUGCACUUUCUGCAGGACCAAAACAUUUACCCCAAGGUAUUCCUAGCAGGAGUUUUUACAGUGCAAAUAUGACUGUGAAUUCACCAAUGAUGGAUGUAGUAAUGACUCCUCCAGCACGCACUACCAGAGGCAACCUUGUGCAUCCCAACGGGAGAGCUGAACUGGCUGGAGGAACAAGCACUUCAUCAAAGAUGUCAAGAAGCAGAAAGCACCCUGUAUCCAAACCACUUGAACCGAACGAUCCAAUUGUGUUGUCCAGUGAUGAGGACGAGGAAACAGACAAUGCCAGCACAGGCAGUGUGAGCAGGAUGGAUAGCGAGUCUCCUCGCCCCGCAGACUCGGCACACUCCUCUCCAGCACCCUCUGGUGGAAAAGUUGAGGCAGCUGUGAAGGACAACACCAAGCAAGCCGAACAGGCAACCAGUGACAUCUUUACAGAGAUCGACAUCAGAAUACCAAUACCAAGAAAAGCACGAAUGAAAGACCAGUUUGGUAACAAUGUCCCUGACAACGUCAUGAGCAAACGUCGUAAAGUUGUUCAGAUACAACCUGGUGGCCUGCAUACCAAAUUAGAAAGCAUCAUUUUGGAUUGUCGAAGCAUACGGAUAGGAUCACUGCGCAGAAUGGUGACUGAACCAGUCAUUUUUACCCUAGAGUACAUCAAAAUUGAUACUGAAGCUCCUACAGAGGAUGGUGUGCAGCAGGUUAUGCUGAGAACAUCAGAACUCAUCCACUGUGAGUGGUGCUCAGCCAAAAAGUUGCCAGUCCUCUUUUUCCAAACCACACCAGGAGCCUGUUUGAGUCUACAGACACAUUUGAAAAUGUCCAGGGAGAACGGAGGGGUGUGGUAUGAUUGCAAAGGAGCCAGUCCUGAUGAACAAUACAUUGUCUUGAUUUUUGAGAAUGGGUUAUCUGCACAGGAGCACACUAUAUUGGAAGAAAUACUUCAAGCAAUUGGCACAGCUAAUAAAAUAAGUGACUUUUUGGUGAAAUUAAAAUUUGAAGAAGCAAACAGAAGGCUAGUGCGAUUUAAUAAAAGCUAUGUGGAAAAUUCUCAAAAGGACAAGCAGGCUCCUGACUCGAGCGUGCAGCCACGCACCAUUGCAACACGUCUUCAAACUUCAGCACACCAAUUCUUUGAGGAUGAUGAAGAAAUGGCAGAUAUGCACACUGUCUUUACAGGCCCAGUUCAAAAAUUAAUAGUGUAUCCGCCGGCCCCUGCCAAAGGUGGUAUUUCUGUCACAAACGAGGAUCUCCACUGUUUAAAUGAAGGAGAAUUUUUAAACGAUGUCAUCAUUGAUUUUUAUUUGAAAUAUCUGGUCCUUGAGAAGUUAAAGAAAGAAGAUGCCCAGAGGAGUCAUGUGUUCAGCUCGUUCUUCUACAAGAGGCUCAAUCAGAGAGAGAGAAGAAACGUUCAGGACACGGCUAACCUCACAAUACAGCAGAGAAAACACAAGAGAGUGAAAACCUGGACUCGCCAUGUGGACCUUUUUCAAAAGGAUUUCAUUUUCGUCCCUAUAAAUGAAUCAGCCCAUUGGUUUUUGGCUGUCAUUUGUUAUCCUGGUUUAAGUAGCCCUCAGCAUGAACCAAAUCCUUUGUACAAGUGUCCACCGAUAAUGAUGAACAGUUCCACAACAGAAGAGAGCAAUGUUUCAUCUCCAGAUGAACCGGAUAAUACAGCAGGAAGACUUCAUUCCACGCAGGUGUUUAACCCUCCAAAGACACCCAGUAAAGCACCUGUCCUAGCUGCUAUAGACACAAGUACAGACAGUGACUCUAAUAGAGGUAUUUUCAAAGAAGGAAACUGCAGUGGCAAUAUGUCGGAGGAAGACAAGACUGUGACCGACGAACCAGAAAUGGCAGAGAACAGCACUAAAGGAGUAAACGGGGCACUGGUUGAACAAGCAAAAACUUGUCUACAUUAUAAAGAUGGCUUGCAAAGGAUCAGGGUUAGUUACAGUCCUGCAAUAAACAGAGAUGAUGACACGUUCGCAUUUUCUGAUGAUCAGGACUCCAGCCAGGAGGAAGGCAGUGAUGAUGGUGCUUUUGCUGAUGACCCAAUGAAUUCUGCAGAAAGUAGACACUGGCACUUGAGGCCCACCAUUUGUAAGCAACCAUGUAUUCUGAUUAUGGAUUCGUUAAGAGGCCCUACCAGAUCAAAUGUGGUGAAGACAUUACGAGAGUAUUUGGAAGUUGAAUGGGAAGCAAGAAAGGGAAGUAAAAGAAGUUUUCCUAAGGAGUUAAUGAGGGGUUCCAGUCCUCGAGUCCCACAGCAAGACAACUUCAGUGACUGUGGUGUUUAUAUCCUGCAGUAUGUGGAGAGUUUCUUUGAGAAUUUAAUCCCGAGUUUUGAUCUGCCGAUGAACCUGACCGAUUGGUUUCCCCAGCACCGAAUGAAGAAAAAACGGGAAGAGAUCAAAGAGCUAAUUCUGAAACUACAGGAACAGCAGCAAACAGACAGGAUGGGGCAGACAGAUCCUGGAACAGAAGCAUUAUCAGAACUAGUUCCAGAGAACACCAGUGCUAGCUGCUCUGACUGAAAUCUGCUUGUACACGUGCUAUUGCUACCCAAGCAUGUGGAACUCUUCUCAUCUUUAAUUACAGCAGCAGAGUCCUCCUGGAAGCUGCAUGGGAGUACAUGUGCUAGUGCUGCCCAAGCAUGUGAAACUCUUCUCAUCUUUAAUCACAGCAGCAGAGUCCUCCUGGAAGCUGCAUGGGAGUACAUGUUCUAGUGCUGCCCAAGCAUGCGGAACUCUUCUCGUCUUUAAUCACAGCAGCAGAGUCCUCCUGGAAGCUGCAUGGGAGUACAUGUUCUAGUGCUGCCCAAGCAUGUGGAACUCUUCUCAUCUUUAAUCACAGCAGCAGAGUCCUCCUGGAAGCUGCAUGGGAGUACAUGUUCUAGUGCUGCCCAAGCAUGCGGAACUCUUCUCAUCUUUAAUCACAGCAGCAGAGUCCUCCUGGAAGCUGCAUGGGAGUACACAUGCUAGUGCUGCUGGGUCUUUUCUUUUUUAAAUAGUUUUGUCAAAUUCCAAAAUAUUGUUAAAUAAAGUAUGUACAUAUGUUAAUGUU